CAAACACUGAUUGCUAUUAGUUGAGUGUGUGCCAAGACUGACCAGUGCCAACCAAAGCAAUAUAACACCAGUCCCUGCCUCCCCAGCGUCACCACCACCACCACGCCCCCUGCCCUCACAGCACUUCCUUACUCCGUGUGGCAGAAACAGGUGAGGGCUUCGUCCACCAUUUUUCGCCUGCAUUUCUCGACUCCCAAGCCUGAGGUGGGGCUGCUGCUGCGAUAAUGACCAUGGGAGACCACGCACCUAACGCACCCGUGGCCUCGCUUGUGUAUCCGGUGCUAAUCCGCCCAAUACUUGUGCAGAUUGAGAGAGAGAAUGUAGCAUCCAGCCAGACCCUGCGUGCUGCCCUGAGCCGAGUGGAGGCUGCUUACCCAGGCUUCACGUACGAGCUGGUGAUGGGACUCGUGCGCAAGGCCGAUCUCUCUGUCAACAUGAAUGAAUCGGUGCUCAGGCUGCAGGGGUCUGUUAAUGAGACUGAUUCCAGCGACUACCGCGUCACCCGCACGGAGGACGCAUUCCAAGAGCUGAACCGAAAGAGCGCCAACCUUAAACGCAUCCUCUCUCGCAUUCCUGAUGAAAUAACAGACCGCAAGACUUUCCUGGAGACAAUUAAGCAAAUAGCCAGUGCCAUCAAGAAGCUAUUGGACGCAGUGACAGAGGUUUCGCAGUUCAUCCCAGGCAUGCAGGGGAAGCAGGCCCUGGAACAUCGCAAGCGAGAUUUUGUUAAGCACAGCAAGAAGUUUAGCAACACCCUUAAGGAGUACUUCAAGGAGGGACAGGCCAAUGCAGUGUUUGUGAGUGCUACCUUCCUUAUCCAUCAGACCAACCUUAUCAUGCUGACAGUGAAGGACAAGUGUGAAUGAAGGGCUGGCCGACACACUGGCAGAGAGAGAGAGAGUGAGUGAGUGUGAGUGAAAGGGUUUUGAUUGAAUUUUUUUCUUAUUUUUAUUGAUUGUUUUGUUUGUUUUCAUUUUUUUUUCUAUUUCUUUAUCUCUUCUUCGUGUUUUUUCUUAUUUCUUUCCUUGUUUUUCUCAUUUUUUCUCUUAUUUUUGUCUUCUUUUGUCUUUCUAUUCCUCUCUCUCUCUCUCUCUCUCUCUCUCUCUCUCUCUCUCUCUCUCUCUCUCUCUCUCUCUCUCUCUCUCUCUCUCUCUCUCUCUCUCUCUCUCUCUCUCUCUCUCUCUCUCUCUCUCUCUUGGUAAUGAUCAUAAACAUACAUAAAUCUGUUUGUAUAUGUAUGUACGUAUGUGUGUGCGUGUGUGUGAUGUAAUGAUGUAAACAAGAAAAACUUCAUUCAAAAUAAGAUAUGUUUUGAUUCUUUGAUCUUAAUGAUGUAGAACAAAAAGAUGAAUAAUGAUACAAUAGAACAGUAGAAGAAGAAGAAGAGGAGAAGGAGGAGGAGGAGGAGGAGGAGAUAGAAUAAUGAUAAAAGACAGUUGUAAUAUUUUUCCUUUAUAUAAUAUUUCUGUGUCUAAAAUAAUAAGCAGUAUUUAUGAGUGUAGGGAGAAACUAAUUGAAAAAAAAAAAGAAUAAAAUAAAAUAAACAAAUAGAUGAUAAUAUUCUUGGAACUAAGUUAAAUAAUGGAGAUAUAUACAUAUAAAUAUAUAAAUAAUAAAACUAUAUAUAUAUACUCUAUACAUAAUGCAUAUAUAUACAGUACAGCUAUACAUAUACAGGCAAACGAGGCUAAUUGGGUAUGUGUAUACUGUAUGGUAUGUAUAAUUAGAGUGCUGGAUAGGAAUAGUAUGCGGCUGUGUGUGUAUGUAUGUGUGUGUGUCCAAGCUUACACUGUUACCAAGUACCUGUGCGUAUAUGUCUGUGUGUACGUAUGUAUGUCUCACUCCUACUGUGAUAAUGAACUUGGCUAACCAUUCCUCUGUGUAUGUACGUGUGUGUCUGUACGUGUGUCUGCAAAGCCGUAGGGGUCCAUCUGAGCUUUGUAAAAAUAGGCCAACUGAAUAAAUCAUUAAGUUCC